AUGUAUGAACUUAAUUACAGUAUAAAUACUAAAAUAGGCGAUCAUGGUGAAGCUGCAUCUAAUUUAAAUCAUUCAAAAGCUCUUUUAAUUGAUGCAAAUAAAAAAACUGUGGCAUAUGAAACAGAUGAAGGUAUAAGUACACCUAAUUCCAUAGAUCAUUUGUAUAAGGGUAAAUCUGAUAAUAACUACACACACACCGAUAGUAUCAUUCAAGUUGAAAAAUUGAAACAUUUUACAAAAAAACUAUCAUUAGAAGUUUAUCAAAACAUUAUUGAAAAGAUUGGUCAAGAACCUGAAAUUUUAUUAAAUGGAGAAAGUCGUAUAAAAUCAGUUGCUUUAUACUCUGGAGAAAAAAAAUUGCCAUUCAGAAUGGACAUUAAUAACCAAAGUGGAAAAAUUUCUAUUGACAUACAAGAUAAUGAUAAAAAUCACAACAGUUCUAAUUCAUCAGUUAUAUCUAAGGUAAUAAUUCCUCCAAAUAUAACAAGUGUACAAGAAAACUACCAAAGUAAUCCUAUCAUAUUUAAAAAUCAAAGUGAUUUAAAAAGCUUCAGAGACCUAUUGCCAAAAUCAAAACUAAGACAUCGUGGCAAUUUAUUUGAUAAAGAGGUUGAAAAAGAUGGUAAAUUUGAAAUUGAUUUAGGUGAGUUUUAUGGUGAAAUUAAAAAAAUAACAUUAGAAAAAUAA